AUGAAGAAGAUGGAGGGGUCAGGAGUCUUGGAGCUGGAGGACCUGGAGAGGACAAUCGAGGAGAUCACCACGGGCCACGGGACCAAGAAGAUCAGGAGUUUCGGAGUGCGUGUAUCGUUUUGGUUAACCAUUAUUUUUCGUAUCCUCGACGGCCUUCCGCUGGCGAAAGAGUCCUUGGUGUCCUGUCAGGAAGCAAGGAUUGCGGAGGGCCGAAGACUGGUGUAUGUGUGUGUGUGUUUGUGUAGGUGCGCAUGUGUGUUGGUGAGUCCUUGGAGAUGGCGGGGGUUUCCAGAGGCACCUCUGCGCUGCUUCAGGCGCGGCAACCAUUCAGUUAGUUUCGCCUUUCUCUUCAGUUACAAGAUGAUGUAUGCUGGGAGACUUGUACUUGUGUUAGCAGCUGUAGUGUCGUCUGCAGUUGCGCUACCUAACCAUCUGAAGGCUGUGGUCACCGAUAAGGAGCCGGUUCCCCAAGCGUCUCAAGGCGUUGCUGCGUCUUUUGGCCCGUUUUCAGCGAAAGCGGAGAUCGGAGAGGGUGGACUAUCAGCUUCUGCAGACUCUCCACUAGGAACCGCUGGGGCAGGGAUUGGCAAUGGAGGCUUGGGGGCUUCAGCCAGCACUGGCGGAGGUCUGGGAGCUUCAGCUGGCACUGGUGGGGGCCUGGGAGGCUCUACCUCUACUGGGGGUCAUCCCUCACAGCACAAGCCUGGACACUACCAACCUGGCCUGUUUGAUGGCAUUUUCAAUAUUCCAAUUUCUGUUCUCCAAGCAGUGAACCAAUACCUGAACAACAGAGGACCAAUCACAAAGCCAGUACACAGAAGGCGGGGCCACGAGCCCCCGGUGUACAAGACAGUAACGCCAGAGCAAAGUGCGGGGUCUGAGGUAGGGACAAGUGCUGCAGACAGCAACGUCGGGGCUGGAGCAACAGCCGAGAGCUCUGCCAGCAGCACAACGGGUCACCGUCCUGUCAUGAUCAAUAAGAGAGUCAACUACGAUGAUAUCUUUGCUAUUCCAAUUUCUGCUCUGAAAUCUGUGAACCAGUUGCUGAAUGGAAAGAAAUGAUGCAAAAUAAAGACUUCCUGGAAAUUUGUCCAGAUCGUGCAAUGCAACAGGUGCACAAGAAAACAUUAUGCAAGAAAAGCCAAAUCUUCGCUCACUCAACUUUUACUCCCAGACUUCUUGCCAAAGGUUUAAGCUUAUAUAAGUUUUGAUACACUGAUUAUAUUUAUUAAAAUCGUUAAAAUUUG